UCGCCGGAAGCAAGCCCCGUUUUUGCCUCUCGUCUCUACUCCUCCCUCUCCAUCGAUCGUCGGCGGCUUUGAAAAGUGAGAGAACCAGACGAGAGUAAGAGAUGGGGAGAGGGAGAGUGGAGCUGAAGCGGAUUGAGAACAAGAUUAACCGUCAAGUAACCUUUGCCAAGCGCCGUAACGGCCUCCUCAAAAAGGCCUAUGAGCUCUCCAUCCUCUGCGAUGCGGAGGUCGCUCUCAUCAUCUUCUCCAACCGCGGAAAGCUUUACGAGUUCUGCAGCAGCUCAAGUAUGUUGAAGACUUUGGAACGGUACCAAAAAUGCAAUUAUGAAGGCCCAGAAACAAAUAUAAUAUCAAGAGAGACCCAGAGUAGUCAGCAGGAGUACUUGAAACUUAAAGCCCGAGUAGAGGCCUUACAAAGAUCUCAGAGGAAUUUGCUUGGCGAGGACCUAGGUCCACUGAGCAGCAAGGAGCUCGAACACUUGGAGAGGCAGCUGGACGCCUCUCUUAAACAGAUUAGAUCAACAAGGACCCAGUUCAUGCUCGACCAGCUAGCUGACCUUCAGCGAAGGGAGCAAAUGCUAUGCGAGGCCAAUAAAGCUCUGAAGAGAAGGUUUGAGGAAAGUAAUCAGACAGCCCAUCAGCAAGUCUGGGAUCCUAGCUCUACGCAUGCUGUUGAAUACGGAAGGCACCCGGCUCAGCACCAUGCCGAUGUAUUCUAUCACCCCUUGGAAUGCGAGCCAACAUUGCAGAUUGGGUAUCAUUCUGAUAUAACAAUGGCACCAACGACUGCUACAAACGUCAGUAAUUACAUGCCGCCUGGUUGGCUCGUAUGAAAGGCUAAAAAUUUCUUGUUUUCUACCUUAUUAUGUUCUGUAUCCUCAAAACUUUUUUUUUAAGUGUCAAUUGUGGCCAUGUCUGUACAAGAUGUCUAUUCUAUUUGAAGUCAUCCCGGUCAUAAUUAUUUGGAAUUCUUAUCUAUAAAACAGCUGUGCUUGUACUUUGUAAUAGAAGACAAAUAUUUAGCAAUCAUAUCCUUUGUUGGAUAGGUUUUGCUUUCA